AGUAUAGUCAUUUAUAUAAUAUGAAAGAACAAUGUCGGUGCACAGGUGAAAGUACAAUCUUACCCCUUUCAAACAAAGUACAAUGUUACCCCUUUCACUACAUCUCAAACAAACCCUACCUGAUCUCCUGCCAACACAGCCGCUCCACUCCCUCACUCCCACAUCUCCGGCUCUUGGAUUCCCGAUGACACCCACCAGCCGAACACCACCCCCCUGUCAGUUGCAGAGCCGACCACCACCAUCGGGUGGUGGUGAGUGACGUUUGGACCCAGAAGUGAGAGAGAUCAGAGAGAGAGAGGAGAGCCGACGUUGUUCGAGCGGCGACAAGGCUGAGAAGAGAGAGAGGCAUAUGGACGAGAGAGAAAGAAGGGCGGCGGCAGCACCGCCGUACACAUCGGUGGCCGGCGGCGGUUCGGAAUGAUUUUCUGGAGACCCGCCAGAGAAGAUGAUGGUGGCGGCGGUUUUGUUUCUCCUGACAGCUUCACGUGGUAUUAUUUUGAAGAUGAGAGGUUGAAAGGGACUGAUGGUGCGUUGAUUUGUGUGGUUGUUUCGAGCUCGGGUCAGGUUAAGGAUCAAGAUCAGCCGCGGUUCAGGAGUUUCGGGUCACCCAUGGGUUUGUUCGGGUCAGAUCUGGUCAAGCCUUGGAUGGUCAGCUUUGGAUCAAAGUCAGUGGGUUCGGGUCGGAUCCAGAGAUGUUUGGGUCAAGCUCUGAAUUUUUGGGUUUUGGUUGACUCGGUCAAACACUCAAGAGGACUAACCAGCUGGACCUCAGUCUGCAGCCAAUAUAUUCAUGCUACUAGAUGCUUCAUGAUUUGUCCUCGGAUCUCGAGCAACCACAACAUUAUUAAUUACAGUUAGUUGUACGUGAUGACGAUCAGUAGCGGAGCAUGAACGAAAACGCGGUGGGGGCCGGACUCUCAACAAAAAAUAAAGCUAAAAUAGAGAAUUCGGAGACGCCGAGAUUAGAAUCCACAUCUCGUUGUUGUUUAAGCAAGACAGUAAUCACCUCAACAUGAGCUUGUUUGUGUCAUCUAUCGAUUCAUUGCAUAUAUAUUCUAACUUAUACAACGUAAAUUUUAUACAAAAAUAAAAAGCUUUGGGCCCCGGGGGUUAGGUAAUUUUAGGUU